CGCUACCUUUAGCUCAGCAGCAGCAGCAGCAGCAGCAGCAGCUAGUGAGCCAUUGGCUGGUGAGAGCCUGAGCAUCCUCCAGGAAAACACUACUACUGAAAGUACAAAGAUACACACGGCUCUUAUACAGCUAACAAGGAAAUCUCUUUGAAGACAAAGAGUAUAAAGAUGCCUUCAGCAACGGUUGGCAACAGUGCUGUCCAGUCUGCCACUCCAGACCUGGGAAAUGGAAGUCAAUGUGAGACCAUGAAGCAGGUUCUUGCUGUGAUGGACAAGAAGGUUCGCAACAUGGAAAAGAAGAAGUCUAAACUGGAUGACUACCAGGCGAAGAAGAACAAUGGAGAAAGUCUGAAUCAAGAUCAGUUGGAGGCUUUGUCAAAGUACCAAGAGAUCAUGUACAACCUUGACUUUGCUCGAGAAUUGCAGAAGAACUUCCUUGCAUUGGGCCAAGAGGUUCAAAAGGCAGUGAAGAAGACUGCAAGACGGGAACAGCUACAGCGGGAGGAGAUGGAACAACGGCGACUGAAGACAGUUUUGGAGCUUCAGUUCUUACUGGACCAGUUGGGAGAUGAUAGUGUCAGACAGGAGCUCAAACGGCCGGAUGCCACUGGGUCCCCUCUGCUCACUGACGCUGACCUCACUUCACUUGACGAGUUUUACAAACUGGUUGGACCUGACAGGAACUAUGAUGUUAGGUUCGUGUCAGGGUGCCUUUCAUUUUCAGUGCCGCAAAUGUCUUUUCGUGUGUUGACCGACCAGUAUGAAGAGGCAUCACUGCACUUGUGGGAACUGCUUGAGGGUAGAGACAAGGCUGUUGCAGGGACCACAUACAAGUCACUGAAGGACACUCUGGACAAAGUACUGCUGAGUGCUUACUUUGACAGAGCACAAACUCAUCAGAAUGGGACGUGUGUGAAGGAAGAGGAGAAUGAGGAGCAGACUGUAGUGGCUGAGUCUAAGUCUGAGAUGCAGCCAUCAGAACCUGAAGGACCAGCCUCUGAAAAAUUCACGGAGCCAGUUGAAGUGGAAACUACAGAGUUCAUAAACAGACAGUUCAUUCCAGAAACCACGUACAGCAGUACAAACCAAGACCAAGUUGAGGAGUGGACAGCAGAGGCUCAGAUGGUAAACUCCCUCCAGCACCAGGCACCUUCACCUGUGGCUGCAGAACCAACUGUUACUGUGAACCAUGUCGCUCCAGCUCCGGUCUGUGACCCAGUGGUUAGAAAGCAGGUAGUGCAGGACCUCAUGGCCCAGAUGCAAGGGACGUACAACUUCAUGCAGGACUCCGUGUUGGAGUUUGACGGCCAGGCUCUGGACCCCGCUAUUGUGUCUGCCCAGCCGAUGAAGCCUGGGCAGACCGUUGACAUGCAGCAGAUGGGCUGUCCUCCAACCCUCUCAGAGUCCAGACUUCCUCAAACAAGUACAGUGUCCGGACCACAGGAAUCCUCCCAAGCCUCGAUGUCUCUAUCAUCUGAGCAGUCCCCAGCCCCAUGUCCCCUGUCCUCUGCCUUCCCACCUGUCUCCAAACCCUCCCAUACUGGAGGCAUCAAUGUCAACGCAGCACCCUUCCAGUCAGUGCAAGCGGUAUUUAACAUGAAUGCACCUGUACCUCCUGCCACUGAUGGCCAAGCAGAACCCUUGAAGCAGCCCAGCCAGUUCCCUGGUAACUAUGGACCCGGCUUUAGCAGCCAGUCGGAGAGUUCUGUUGAACAGCCGGACAUUCCACAGGAGACAUUACAGUCAGUCGUCGGUGGCUUUCAGCCCCAAGACCAGGUCCUGCCCUUAGCAGGAGGCCAUGAAGAGUCCUCUCCAGGUGCAGGGUUUGGACAGUCGGGACAGUCGUUUUACAACAGCAGAGCAGCGCCCAGGGGGGGACAAAGGAACAGCCGCGGCAUGAUGAACGGAUACAGAGGCUCCUCCAAUGGAUUUAGAGGGGGGUAUGAAGCCUAUCGCCCUCCUUUCUCAAACGCUCCUAACAGUGGUUAUGGUCAAACCCAGUUCAACACAUCCCGAGACUAUUCCAAUAACACCUACCAACGGGAGGGAUAUCAGCAAAACUACAAGCGUGGAGCUGCACAAGGACCUCGAGGUUUGUCCAGGGGAAAUGCUCAAGCAAUGCGAUCCUAAAGGAUCAGAAGGACCAUCAAGUCGCGCCACGUUUAACAUUCAGGAUUUUUGAAUGUGUUCUCCCCAGGUCACUUUUUUAACAACAUUUUGUUUCUCAUUGGUAAUCUUAUUUUUUUUUUUUUAAAUCCUGGCCUACUUAUCAGAGUCAGCCUGCUUCAGUCUGUCUGGAUCCUCUAAUUGUUUUAACACAAAAUGCUGAACAUCACCACAUGUAGGGUUAUCAGCAAGUCUGUGUGAUAUAAAACAACAUAGAUAUUCCUGUAAACUUGAAAGAUUUCAUUAAUUUAUUUUUUGUACAAAAUAAAUGCAAAAAAUACCCUGCCACUGUCCAUCUGAUUCCAUGAGAAUAAUUUUCCGUCUGCCCUGUGCUGUCAGCCACUUUUUCCUCUUCAUAAAGGCAUUAAAUGUUCUUUCGUUUUUAUACCCCUGUCAUCUCUUUGGCCAUCACCUCUUUGUACGCUGAUGUUAUUGGUUUAGACUGUUUCAAUAAAGCUGUGUUCUAUUACCUUCUGUUUAAUGAUAA